UCAAUCAGGAUCCUUUUUUUAAAUUCUUUAGUCAACUCCUACCUAAUCUCUUGGAUAGGAAAGUAUCUUCUGCACAGUUUGUCAUUUUACUAUUCACAACCUUUUCCAGAUGUUUCAUGAAGAUGAGCAGCACAGAUCUCAACACUGAUUCCUGUGGGAUUCCACUGGUGAAGUGGAUGAUGUAUUGGAUUGUGUUUGCCUUUUUCACCACUGCAGAAACACUCACAGACAUUGUUCUUUCUUGGUUUCCCUUUUAUUUCGAGCUGAAAAUCGCAUUUGUGAUUUGGCUGCUCUCCCCUUACACCAAGGGUUCCAGUGUCCUCUACAGGAAGUUUGUGCACCCAACGCUCUCCAAUAAGGAGAAGGAAAUUGAUGAAUACAUUACUCAGGCUUGUGACAAGAGCUACGAAACGAUGAUGCGAGUUGGCAAGAGAGGGUUAAACCUUGCUGCCAAUGCAGCAGUUACUGCAGCUGCAAAGGGCCAGGGAGUUUUGUCUGAGAAGCUUCGAAGUUUCAGCAUGCAGGAUCUCACUCUGAUCCGAGAUGAAGAUACUGUGCAUAUGCGAAGCCGUGAUCCACAGCUGCACCGCUCUGGUGCGAGUCUUCUGGAACCUAUUGAAGACUCAGCUUCCUGUUACUCCUCGGGAGAGGAGAGCAGUAUGGCACAUCGGUCUAAUGGAACCCCAUCAGACACUAGAACAGACCCAUCAGAUGAAGAUGCAGGAGACAAAGUUCCUAAACGUACCCAGAGUCUCAAAACUCCUAAAAAGGUGAUGAAAGCUGAGCUUCCAGUGAGAAGUGUAAAAGCCCGCCCUAAGAAGAAAGCUCCUGGCUCUCUUGCUUCUGGCGAGUCAUCCUAAGGCGACCUUCCCGCCCAGCACCUGUCUCUGUCCUGGGACUUGCCUUCUGCUUUCAUGGGGAAACUCUCCAAAGGAAGGGAGCUGAGAUUCUUGUACAUAAUAGAUACUGCUUUACAGAGCUCAUUCCAAGGCAAGGGGGAGGCUGGGAUUCAGAAAGCAGAGUAGAGGAUACAAAUCCUCAGGAAUUUUCUCCUUUUCAUCUCUCUGUUGGAGGGAAUGCUGAUAUGUCUGUACAUAGCCAGUUGCUUCGGAAUUCCCACUGUAUAACUAACUCUAGUUGAGAAUCUUUGCUGGAAAAACCGACUAGGGUUAGAGACAUCCAUUGCACAGAAGCUGGAAAAAUACUAGACACUGGAGUUCCACGGGGUGUGUGGCUCUCUAAAAUGUCUUAUCUUGCUCUGGGUAUUCUCCUGCAGCUGUGUGUUGUUAAGAAGUGCCCACCAUGAGUCAUAUUCCUUUAGAAUUGACUGUACCUAAUAUGUCCAUCGCCUUUGAGAAAGUGACUGAAGUCAUGUAUGCUGAGUGCUUUUGAACAUAAAGGACUGGCUCAUGGGAGGUAUAUGCUAGAGUCCUGUUACUCAUACUGGAAGAUGAAGAGAUUGGUUUUUGUUUUAUUUUUUCUGGAAGGUGAAGGGAGAUAAUUGGAAAAACUAAUAAAGAAAAUGUGCUAUUAGAUGCACAUUAUAUGAUGAAGUAGUUAAGAGUUACUCUUGAGAAGGAAAGUUUGGCAUCUCUAAGAUUCUGGCUCUUUUUGAAGCUGCUGGAUUUUAUUUCAGGUUCUAAUGCUUACUCUGACUUCGUGAGAGCAUCAGAAUGAGGUCAGUCACGUGCAGUAGGUCCCAUGCAGUUCCAUGGAAAGCAUACUCGCUUUGCCAUUUGGUGGUUGAACCCAUGCCAUUGUGUUGCUUGCUGCUUCAGACAAAUUCUUUUAUUCUAGAAGAUUGGGAAAAUCUGUCUCAAAAUAGUCUGCGGGCAUACUUGAGAAUUUCAGAAGCCCUCACCUCUCAGCUUUAGGAGAGUCAAUCCUCAGGACAUGAAAACCGAAACAGUUGAUUUAUUAACAGUUGAGUUCCGUUAACUUCAGGAUUUCGUUUAUGGGGGAUAAAAAGCAGGGACUAUGGCACAAUACUGUGAUUAAUCAGUCCUCUUGCUUUAUCCUGCUGCAGCCCUUGCACAGAUUUUCUGUCUGACAUUGUGCCAUGUUUAUCAGUGUCCUGAGACUCAAGCAAUACUUAACACUUGGGACAGAAAACUACAAGGAAUGUAGAAUAUGUAUUGUGGGAGUGAAAUUGCAGUGCUGCAGAGAAAAUUUGCCGAGCCAUACUAAUCUCUUGGACGUUGUUAAGGGGAGAUCCCCUGUACACAUGCCAGCUGAGUCAAUGAAAAUUUAUGAGAUAUAUGAGUAGAGUUCUUGUUGUUAAGAUCUAUAAUGAAGGUGCACCAUUAUAGACAUGGGUGUCUGAAUGCAUACUAGAUGGUCUUAAUUUUCACUGAAAUUAAUUAUCACAGGAACCUGCAUACAGGUGUUUUUGUCCCAUAUUUUUGCUGUCACAUUUCUAAAAUUACAGUGAAUUCUUCACAGAGAGCCCAGUAUUUUGCUGUUGACAAGCUAUAGAAGCACUUCUGCAACUAAUGCUCCACAAGUAUGUCUGUAGCCUUUCAAAAGUAUAAAGUUGAAGAUUAGGAAAUAAGAAAUUUUCUUAUUUCCCAUUGUCUUGGUGGCAAAUUUUUUGCUCUUGAAUUGACCAGUUAUUUCAGGAAGCCAAUUAAGUUGGGUUUACUAUUUUUCAUAGCUUUUAAAGAAUUAAAAACCUUUACACUCCAUGUUAGAAACUUACAUAUUGUGAGAAAUAUUUCUCCUAAAUUAUCCACAUGGCCUUAUCCAGAAGCCAGUAGGAAAUCCUUGAUUCUGAGUUUAAAAAAAAACAAUUAUUUUUCUCUUUUUUGGUUUAUUAGCAAACUUCAUAUUCAUGUCUUACUAGCACAUGCAAAUGCAUGCAAAUGAAGUAGGAAUACUUCCUAUUUCCAAAUGAAAUUCCUCUCUCCAAACAGCAUAAAAAUCUUUCAUGGGUAUGUGAAAGAUCCAGUCAUGAGGAAUCGCUUUCCUAGAUUUUACUGUACUGAGCAAGAGAGAAGCAUCAUUCUUCUCUAUAUACCAAGUAUGUCUAUGACCAUGUUUCUUGAUUUUUUUUUUAAUCAAAAUUUUGCAUAGCGAAUUAUUUAUGUAAAUCGUUGUGAGGGAUUUGACUUGGAGGCCAAGUCUCCCCUUGCACUGAUCUUCUCGCCCUUUCCUUGUGCCUGCUGUGAUAGUCUGUGGUUACUAGGUUUCCACGGAGUUGCUUUCCAGAAUCUUCUCUAGAAUCCAUUUAUUUGUAGUGGCUUUUCUGCUUUGAAGCACAGGAAGAAUUUCUGAAGAUUCAGUUCUGGUAUUUGGAUUUAUCUUUGUCUUCCUAAGCUAGGUCCUGUGCUAAGCAGCUUUUACUUAGCAUUGAUGCUUGAUGUCAUUAGCUUGUGGGUAAACAAGGGGAAUUGGCUUUUGUUUGCAAGCGUGAGUCUGCAGUAGAGUCAGGGACUAUCUAGUGUGCGGUAUAAAGCUGAUGAUGUCGAGCAGCAGAACUUACCCAGAGCAAGAGCAAUGUCUUAGCACGGAUACUGUUUUGUUCUUCUAGUACAAAUGUGACUGCUAGAUUGUGCUUUGCUUGAUCAAAGCCACUGCAGAUCUGCCACCACCCACGUGACCUCUUAGUGAGUUUCUAGAUACAGUUCUGCAUUGGAUGGCACUGUCUUGCAUAGAAAUUCUCUUGUUAAUGAGAGCGCUGAAUGUGCUGUUUUGAUAAAACGCUUUUAUCAGCUGCUGUUUGGUGUUUUCAGCAGGAAAUGCUGGAAUGUAGUUUCUCUUCAGUGUCAUCUGUGGGCUUCAUUGUGCAAUUAUGCAAAUGGUUAAAUCUUCACCUAGCAGUAUUGUGUUCGGUAAAUGUUUAGAGCCUUUUCCUAAUAUGCCUGGCCACGGAGAGAAGUGUAAUAGGAGAAAAUGAUUCUUGAAGGUGGGGGCUGAAGAGGGUGGUAUGGGUGUGUCAAACUUUGUGUGCCUAUAAGUUAUCCUAAAAUACCUGUACCGUGACAUACAAAGUUGAAGCCAUGACUGCCUUUUGAAAAGAAAUGUUUUCCAUGCUUUGUA